UUCGGAAAUAAUGACUCCGAAAGUCCUUCAGGAGUAGGUUUACUUUUUACAUUGCAAUUAUUUACUUCCGGAGUAAAAAAAGGCGUCAUAUCUUGUCCUGUCGGCAUCGUUUUACCAUUUUAAAAGGCCCUCAUUUAAAUCAUCAUGGAUACUUACCCAGGCUCAACUGACGAAGCUCACCCAGAACUGUUCAACAUGAGCGCCAUGCCAGAGCAGCCCAAAGAAAAGAAACCGGGGCAGCUGAGUAGGGAGGAGGUCGAACAUUUCUUCAGGGAGGGUUACUUAGUGGUCGAGAACUUUUUCCGACCAGAAGAGCUGAAUGCGUGCAGGGACGCUAUCAAAGUGUUAGUUGAUGACCUUGCCAAAAAGCUGCACGAUGCGGGCAAAAUCACGAAAUUGUACAAAGAUCUUGGACUUUUUGAACGACUCUCGGAGAUUGAGAAAGAAUGCCCGGGUGCCAACAUCAUGCUGCAUAAGAUAGGGUCUAUGCCACAGGCUUUCAGGGAUGUGUGGUCAAACGACAGACUUCUGAACGUUGUAGAACAGCUGAUUGGUCCAGACAUAAUGGGCCACCCUGUAUGGAACCUCCGAACGAAAACUCCCCAGAACGAGGCUACAACCGUCCCCUGGCAUCAAGAUGUUGGUUAUCUUGACAAUUCCUCAUACAAAGUGAUGCAGCCGACUGCUUGGAUUCCGUUAUUGGACGCCAACGAGUCGAACGGAUGCAUGCAGUUGAUGGCCAAAGGGCACAAAACCGGAAAGGUUGGCACCCACCAGUGUUGCCAUGGCGGCACGUGGUACGUGAUGCUAGAGGAAGAAGAAAUGAGGAAGACGUUAGACAUCGAUACAGAGAACGAUUUGAAGGUCUGUCCCAUAAGUUAUGGUGGCAUGCUGCUAUUUAACAACCUUGUACCACAUCGAAGUCUACCAAACAUGUCAAAGGCAAUUCGCUGGAGUUUGGACCUGCGUUGGCAGAGACCCUCAGAACCAGUGGGGUUCUAUGGUCUGAAGGAGGGGCUGUUGAUGAGGUCGUCCAAGGACUCCGGCAUGAGGAUUGACUGGGAGUCGUUCGACGCCGUGAACCGCCACGACAAGCAGACGGCAGCCAUGACUGGCAAGGAGGAAAUAGACGAGUUUGAUACGACAAUCCAGGGUCCCUGGAUGAAGAAGUGGGAGAUCGUGCACGUGAACCGUCACGUGGAACGGCAUAGAGAAAUGGAGGACAACCCGGAGUCCUGGACAAAGGCGUAAUGUAUACGUCAAACACACAAACUGAUGACGACGCACACACCAAAGUCAACUGUUAACAUCUUUAAUAAGCUGUUUUUAUAUUCAGAUAUGCAAAGUUUGAUUCACAAUAUCGUUGUAGAUAUUUGUAUGUUUCCUCCGAGGUGGGGUAAAUUUUUAUAAGUCAUUUACUUAAAGAUUUUUUUGUAGAUAUACGUAUACAUUUUAUUGAUUCCCGAAAAUAUAUAGAAA